AUGAUUGAAAUCGUAGCGGGAAUUAGACGUCAGUUUGGGCCUUUUGCAACACACCAUGCCCUACGAGAAGCUGUGCAACAGUUGCUGAAUUGCUCUAAAGAUGACGCUGUCGUUCUAAAUCUCGUACAACCAGCUGCUGUAACUCAGAUACUCUCUGUCACUGCUCAUUGUGGAGGGACCCCACGAUCUCGUUUUAUUCCUUGUGUGAAAAGCUCCGCUGAUGCAUGGACCUACAUAAAGCAACUGUUGAAAAAAAUGAAAGUGUGCGAAAAUUUCUAUUCGAGCUCGCCAGAUCCUUGCACCAGCUGCUCUCCCGGAAAUGAUAUGAGCGUAGAACAAGUAGUAGCAUUAUCUCCACCGAUGAAACACUGGACCAUUGAUAAGGUGGCGAGCGAACUGCGCAAGUUGCUGGAUGAAAGUGCCGUGGCAAAAUUUGUUGAGCAGCAAAUUGAUGGACGUUCGUUGGGAUUGUUAACAACAGAGCUUCUAAUGAGCCAUAUGGGUCUAGCACUGGGACCGGCUCUGAAAGUAAGUUCUGAACUGCACAUCUGAAC